AUGAUUUCUAUUAUGGUCGGACAAACAAUUAAAGCUAUUGUUGAAUUACUUUUAUUAUCAUCUCAACAAAAAGUUGUUGAUUUACAAACUGAACUUAAUGCUUUAACAUUCACAAUUAUUGCAUCGAGUGCAUUUGGUAAAGGAUUUGAAACCAUACCUAAUGCCGAACAAAUUGUAUGUCGAACAUUUACAGAAGUACUUGAAGCAAUGGAAUAUCGAACAAUACACAUGAUCGAUUACAUACCAUAG